CCGUCUGCCCGAUCUGUAUAUAAAAUAUUAAGUUUGGCCUCUGCUUGGAGGAACACUGGUGCACGUGAUAUGACAGCAGAAGUUUAGGGGGAACUCAAAACAACAUUUUAUGUAGGGACUUAUGCAAAACUGUAUUUCUUUAGCUUCUCUAAGUGGACUUUGUAACGAACUCAUCAGUAGUGAAUACAUACACUAAACAAGACAACGUGAGAUUUUGAUUAAAAAAUAGAAAAGCUACUUACCUACUAACUUAGCAAGAAAUACUUUGAUAGAUUACAAGAAAAAAACAACACAGAAACGAUUUCUAUAAUAAACUGAAAUUAACCCAGGAGUAUAACAGUACGAUUGAACAUUUCUACAUUCCAAGAGCUCCAAAACAAGCCAAGAAAUUAAUACUUUGUGUCUUUUGCUGUUUGAUCAUUCUUUAAGCACUUUGUUCAAACUGUAUCUUAACAAGUGAGAAGUCUGAGGUUUUUUACUUGUGCACGCAUAGAAACUGGUACGCAAGAAUUUUAAUAAUAGCUCUCCAUAGCAACCCAUACAACAAGUUAUAGAGCUUUCCAUAGCGACCCAUUCUACAAAUAGAAGAACUCCUGGCAACAUAAAGACAAUAAUGUUCAUCAACAUAAUAUUGAUCAGCGUCACGGUCCUGCUCCACGGAGUCUCGGGGGACAUCGCCGAGGACAAUCUGGAGGACGACAAAAGGGCGAGCUCUUUCGUCCGGAUAGGUCGCCCUAGCAGCUUCGUCCGAAUAGGUCGCGGCGAUAAUGUUGAAGACCUGGAAACUGACCCUAAUUACGUUGACCUGGAGAAGAAAGCAUCCAACUUUGUGCGGAUAGGAAGGUAUCCAACGAUGAGUAGAUUUAUACGGAUUGGGCGGACACCGAUGGAGGGAGCCGGAAGCUACGAAGACGAUUCUAGUGAAGAAGAACCAAUAGGCGACGAUGGCAAAAGAGCUUCGUCUUUUGUUCGCAUCGGCAAACGAAAGUCUAGCUUUGUGCGGAUAGGUAAAUCCCUGGCAGAAGAGGACUCUGACGAAGAUGUUGACAAGAGGGCGUCUAACUUUGUAAGAAUUGGAAAAUCUCCAUCUUCAUUCGUCCGAAUUGGGAAAGCCCCUUCCUCGUUCGUCCGAAUAGGAAAAUCCCCGUCUUCAUUCGUUCGAAUUGGCAAAUCGCCAUCUUCGUUUGUCCGAAUUGGAAAAGUGCCGUCUUCCUUCGUACGGAUAGGUAGAUCAAUAGAGAACGACUUAAAGUCAGAGCUCGAUGACAUUGACGAGGAAAAAAAAGCCAGCAGUUUUGUUCGCAUUGGAAAAAGCCCCAACGAAGAACUAGUAGACUCCGAAGAAGAAAAGAAACGAGCCUCAAGUUUUGUGAGAAUUGGAAAGUCUGGACUUAACGAUCAGGACUUAUUUAAGAGAGUGUCCAGUUUUGUCAGAAUCGGAAAAUCUCAAGGCGAGGAGGAUAAACGUGUGUCCAGCUUUGUGCGCAUCGGAAAGUCAGGGGCGGACGAGGUAGAAGACGAAGGCAAACGCGCCUCCAGUUUCGUCAGAAUCGGGAAAUCCGAUACGCCCAUGGAUAAAAAAGCUUCCAGCUUUGUCCGAAUCGGCAAAUCCUCAACCUCCCCUGCCGAAACCUCGUCUGACUCUGCCAACUCUGCUAUCAGCGAUGAGGACCCCAUCAACAUUGCUAGCCGUAGCUCCGCCUUCGUCAGAAUCGGCAAAAUCCCUUCGUCCGCUUUUGUCCGAAUCGGCAAGAAUACAAACUUGUUAACAGCGCCAAGCGAGAACUGGAAAUUGGGAUUCCGUCGCGGCUCCAGGGAAGGACAGUCAUCAUUUGUUAGGAUUGGGAAGUAAAAAACACAAACUCUGGUGCGUCUUGACAACUACAACAUCAGAGAAACGACUCAAAUCUAAAGAGACCAAAACACUUUGUUUUAAAAGCGAAUCUUGUUACAUUUUGACCUACUUUCAUUCUUAAACCAAAUUCUAUUCUGUAAACCUGCUGUUUUGUUCCAAAAGAUUUUUGCCAUUUAAUUUGUCUUUAAAUUCUUCUUUUUGUUUCUUUGUUUUUUUUUUAACUUUGAAGUUUUUCGGAACACUUACAAUUAUUCAAAUAGAACUCCAUUGAUUCAUUGUAGUCAUAUUGAAUUGUUUGUUUUAUGCUUUAAAAAGUUAACACUCAUUUUAAUGCAAUAGACUCUGCAAUAUGUAAUUUUCUUUGAAACAUCGAAGAGGACAGUGUAACAAGAGAGGAAACUAAGCAACGUAUCAACACCGUCUUAAAUCACUUAAUAAAGAAGCAAGUCACAACGGCUUGCAAUAGCGAUGAAUAUUUGUAAAUUAACGUGAGGAGUACAAAAUCUGUAUCCUGCUGGAACUCAAAAGACUUGAGACUCUGUGAGUCAACUAUUCAAUAAAAAUUUGUUUGAGGUCAUUUGAAUAUGUGAUGAUGGCGUAUGCAUAUCUUUGAGAUUUUGUGGGGCCUUUUUAAAAGUUCAUACCCUCUGUUUAUCAUUUAUAUGCAGAUUCCAUGGGUCUUACAAGAAAAUUAUUUUUGAAGAGGAGUGUUUUUUUAAAGACCUUUAACAUUAGAUUUCCACAAAGUAGGACGUAUAUAUAUAUAGGCGCUGCAGAUUGAAUGGAACAUACUUUCUUGUUGUAACCAUUCUGGGAACUUUGAAUAGAGACUGUUAACAAAAAAAAAAAGGGUUUCCCCUCUAUUAAGUGCAUGCUAUGGAACACGCCCAACCAGUGGCUGUAGUAAGCCUGUCAUCUGAUGACGCUAUGGUUGCUGCACACAACCCAUUGUUGUGGAAGUAUGCUUAGUUUCUCCACUUGUUACUUUCUGCACUCUUGGGGGUUUUUAGCUAAUAUUUGUGUUUAUAACCAUGUCAUGCUUGAGUUGUCUCGCUGUGACCAGUCUGUUGACGUCAUCGCUGGAGGCAUUGGAGUUACGUUUCUUUGUUUUUCACGUACAGUUCAUUUGAUUGUACAGUGGCUUAUAUUGUUCCUUUUCUUUUUAGCUUUUUUUU